GUAGGCUUUUCCAAGUUUAUUUCUUACCUUGAAUAUUUUGUGGAAUAAAUCAUAAAUUAAGAUAGUUAUCUUCACUAUCUUUCGAUAAGUUUGAGAGCUCUGGUUUUAAUUGUGAAAGUGAAUUAUAUUUUGUAACCUUAAGUUAUGGCAACUUGUAAUUGCCUUCUAAAUUGUGACGGUACUGUUGCCAUAUCAAACACGAAAUAAUAUUAAGUUUUUGUAACAAAAAGCAUGUACAUUUUUCACUUCCGGACAUUCCAUAAGGCUUAUGACGUAAGCAAUUUGUUAAGGAUGAUAUAUCUUCGGUUAUAUCACCGCCAUCUAGGAUGUGUAGCCCAACGUUCUCUUUUUCCUACAUUCAGUUUAUGCUGACAAAGAAAUACCUUUGUUUCAUAAUAGGGAUAACAGUUAGCGUCCAAUAACUCCUUAUUUUAAAAAUAAACUUACAUUUUUUGCCUAAUAGCUUUUCUUCCUACUAUUUGAAACUCAAGCUGAGCCUAAUGCCAUCCACAAAAGACUUUAUCAGCUUAUAGCUAUUCACAUUGCUAUGAUUCCCAAGUGGUUUUUCCUGCCAUUGAACCUACAUAUAUUAGUUUUGUUAGUUUUGUUUCCAUCGGAAAUUGCUUUUAUUUCGCAACAGAUUUCCAUAGCUCAGAUUGUAGUUGUUUUGAAAGCUCUUAAACGGAAUGAUAUUGUCUUUUCAAUUGCAAUGUUAACAAAACUAAUCAAGAUCAGUGUUAAUAAGUUGCAUGUGGUGGAUUAAAAUGAAAUAUCCAUGAAUCAAAAGCAGCUAUAAAAAGGCUGAUCCUACAUUUUCGGGCUGUAAUCAUCAUGAAAACUCUGAUACUGCUGGUUUUUGGCAUGGCCAGUUGCUGGGCAGCGGACUACGAACUAAUACUGGAGGAUCUCGAUGUGUUCUCGCCCUGCACGGAACCUCCACCUGGAUCGAUUGGAUUCCUUGAUGCAUUCAAUAUAGAUGAUCUAAGACUCGACCAGGAUAGCGACAUCAUUCACAUCUCCGAGAAUGUGACAUCAACCUGGGAUGAUGUGGAGCCCACCGAUCGCAUUUCCGCCAGGUUUACGGUGAUGCACUUCGACCGCGGAAACUGGGAACCGACCUUAUUCAGCAUGGCCACGCCGGACUUUUGCGCCGCAAUGUUUGAUGAGAAUCAGUCAUGGUUCAAGUACUGGACAAAAUAUAUUUCCAACCGCGAGGAAAUUAAAGAAAAAUGCUUUAAAACUCGUGGUACCGUUCUGAGUCACGACCCAUUCGAUCUGAGGUUACGUCUGACUGACGUUCGUGGUGCCUCUUUGCAGGGCCGUUACAAGGCUGUGAUCACCUUCGAAGCUGUCGACGAGAAGGAUGUGCCCCGAAAAAAUACCAUAUGCUUCGAAAUCAGGGGAGAUGCCGAGAAGAUACAGUGAUGGUCGAAAUUAAAACAAGUCGAGCAUUAUGUUUGUACUUUUCAAAGAGAUAAUUUUAUUCCUCACAGAUUACCCUUAAUAAAAAUCUGUAUUAUCUCUAAA